AUGUCAACCAUUGCAAAAAACGAAAAUAAAUCAAUUAAAGUCAAAGUUUUCUAUCAUCUACGUGGCUCAAAAUCAACUCGUCUGACUACAUUUACGCUGCCUGCUCCCAAUGAUGACACUUUUGAUUUGGCAUCAAUGCCAAUUCCAUUGAAGACUUGCUUAUGGUCCAUCUGUUCAUCAAGUCCGGAUGUUAUCUGUAGAGAUCACGAUUUGUCUGUUUAUACUGCUAGUUUUCAUGAAUCAGGACAUGGCCCAAGUGAAAGAAGCAAUUCGCUCAUAUGGGAAGGGCAUGGGCUCUUGUCCUGGAUCAUGGAUCAGUCAAAAGACGAGCUGUUUGUUCGAGGCAAAUCAGGUAAAUUUGAUCUAAACAUUGAUGUUUAUAUUGAGCUGCAACCGACUAUGAAAUGGAUCAAAGACGAUUUCUUCUCUGCCCUAAGAAAUCAGUCGUUCGAACAGUUUAGAUUGUCUACAUUAAGCCCAAUUCAUCCUAUUUGCAAUUGUUACAAUAAUCAUCACAAUGAUAUACAACGCACAAUUACUGCAUCACCUCCUUCUUCUCAGCAUCAACACAAAGGAAAUGAAACAGAAUUCGAUCGGUAUUUACGGCAUAGAGUACAAACAUCUGACAGUAGCCCUCCAUUACCAUCUCGAUUACCAUCGCUAUCUUCUGUACCUGUAUUUAGACCUGAACCCAUAUUCCCAUCCUCCUCUACAGCAACUACCACAAAUAACUCAUCCUCGCCACCUUCCACAUCGACAGCCAAGCGAUCUCGACUAAACUCACCUUUGCCAGAGAGCAGUAACUCGAGAUCAUUCUACAAACAAACGGAAGAGCUAACAUUACCCAUCCCCUCGUCCACAUUACCACCCUAUGCCAGCAGUAAUAAUACCAGUACUAAUAAGAAACCCGAUUCAGCAAACAGUAGAAGAUCAGCAUUCACCAUUGCCUCUCUAUCUGACAAAGAAUAUCGCUACUUACCGUCCUCUUCUACAUCUUCAUCCUCUUCUUCGGCAUCGCCACCUCCCUCGUUUUCCUCGACUCAUUUACAUGCACAUAAUAACAUCCAUAGUAAUAGUAAUAAUAAUGAAAAUACCAAUAAUAGUAGUAAAAAUUACAAGCAUCAUCAUCCGCCAGCGCAACACCCACCCCAUCACCACCUCCACCAUCCACAUCAGCAACAGCCACGCCAGCAUGGUAUGCACGAUGAAUCAAACUACCAAAACAACAAUGGAAAUAGUAACAGUAUGAUCCCUGUUAUUUAUACGCCCAGCAAUAAGAAAAGAAAGAAGAACCCUGCUGUUGUAAACACUGCUAGUAGCUCUUCCUCCAAUAUGAUGAAGAACCCUUCACUUAUGAAUGCGGACAACCAUGGUAAUAAUGGCAUGUAUUCACAACAACACCAACAACAACAACAACAGCAUCAAAAUCAAGCCUCUCAUCAUUCACAGCAGCAGCAGCAGCAGCAGCAAGUGAAUACAGUGCCUCGUACUUACUAUGAAGUAGACAGAGAUAAUCAAGGCGCUUACAUUUUGCCCGUGGAAAUUGAUUCUUGGACAGUGGUUGAUCUAGGUACAGUGAUAUACGAUAGGCCAGCAUAUCACAAUCAAAGAUAUAUCUACCCGGCCAACUACACUGUGCGCAAAUGGUACAGAAGUAUGAUUGAUCCUAAAAGUGACACACAAUAUACAUGUCGUAUUUUAGAGAAUGGAAGAGAGCCCAAAUUUGAAGUAACAGCUGAUGAUUGCCCAAUGACAUAUUCAGGACCUACACCAACAACAGUGUGGACUAUCAUUGUUCGACGCGCCUUUGUUAUUCGCAAUCAAGAGUAUGGCCACAACCCAGUAGGACCUGAUUUCUUUGGACUUCGGAAAAACACAAUUGCCAAGAUGAUUCAAGAUCUACCAAACGCAUCUAAAUGCUCUCAGUAUGUUUGGCAAACAUUUGAACCUGCUCGAUUCAACAAGCCUGGACGAAACAGACGCAGAGCAGAUUCUACCUUACCCGGUUCAUUAUUAGGUGGCGUAAAUUACGGAUUAACAAGUAGUCGAUUAAUACACAAUACAAACCUACGACCCACACAGCAUUCGUAUCGAGGUGGAGGAGGUACAACACCAUCAUCGCCACCCACACAACAACAAACAUAUGAAAACAAUAACGAAGCAUCCUCACCUACGACUACUAUUGCCGCUACAGAGAAAAACGAAGCCAAAUCUCCACAUUUAAAUCAGCGUGAAUCCAGACCUAUUGAAACCGCUUGA